AUGAUCGAACAGGCACCGCCAUCUCAACCGCCGCCACCCACAGCCCAUCCCCCGCUCCCGCAAGUGCUUGGUGCAAAACAACCAGAUAUGUUUACUGCAAUGAUCCAAGGGUACGCUGUACGAGUCGUAGUUGGAGAAGACCAAAACCGCCGAAGCUUCAUCCUUCCCGUUGCACUCCUCUGCCACUAUUCGAACUACUUCCAACAACAAGUUUCUCAGUUGCGCUUGGCUGCAUUGUCCUCAACUAGUACCAACAAGAAACGAAAGCUGUCAGAGACUGCCCGUCAAGACAAUUCAACCGAAAGUAUGACGGAAUCCGAAGAGAUCAAAACGGCGAUCAAGAUCGAGCCAGACACGGACGAGGGAGAGGUAAAAGAGAAAACGAAGAAACCAGACUGGGUCAUCCGACUUCCUGAGAUCGAUCCCGCUAUCUUUUGUCUCUUCCUCCACUACAUAUACAAGGACGCGUAUCCAGCCUCAACCGAUAUCAACACUGCUGAGGGAAUGGGCCAGCAGUACGCACCUGCACCGGCCCCAUUACACGCAGUCUCGAUGGCUCAUCACCCAAAGCCUAGUCAGCCCUCCGUUGCUACUAACAAAGGUCAAACCGCAUCUACACCCAAUGAAGUGUCUUCCUGCCCCAAUGCUCUCAGCAUACCACCCACAGCGCACCCCAACUCCACCACCAAGCACAGCCCUCCAAGCAUCAAACCACCACCUGCACCCACCUCCAUCCACCUGGCCUCCCAACCCCCGCACCACUACCCCAUCCCCCCAAGCUUCCACGCUUACCACCUCUCCCAAACCCUCGGCUCCCCCUCCUUCACUCAUUACACCUUCAACCGCAUCCGCUGCUCCCUCGGUCGCCACUUCCCCCUCACUCCCUCCCUCACAAAAUACACCUGGUCCCAUUUCCCACCUCAAUCCCCAUUACGCAUCCUCAUUUUGCACUUCCUCAUUACCCACUGGGCGCAUCCGGAUCCCCGCCGGUAUACCGAGAGUAUCCUGAGGGAUGGCCAGGGCUGGGAUACAUUGUUUGAGGAAGAGAGGGAGUUGAGGAGUCUGUUCAUUUCGGGGAUGCAGGGACGCGGGGCUUGA